UUCGCUGCAGCCGACGCGCAACUCAGUCUGCCGCGUCGCCGCAUCCAUAUUCACGGUGCUGCCGACAGAAUUAGUUAUGUUUAAGCCUAUAUUUGAAAUAUUUCCAGGGUUAGUCCAAUAGGCGUUGCCUGGUACCGUGUGAAGUGUACGCUGAAUUUCUUCCUUCAACAGCUUUUGUGAGAUGUUCAUUUACCAUGGCAAGGGGUCUGUUUCCAUGGGGAUUGUUUAGAAAGCCUCUGUUCAUCCAGGCCAAAUUUUCCUACCUGCACAUGAAGUACCUGUUCUUUUCCUGGCUGACAGUGUUUGUGGGGAGCUGGAUAGUUUAUGUCGAGUACUCGUCCUACACAGAGCUGUGUCGUGGGCAUGACUGCAAAAAUUCAAUCUGUGACAAAUACAGGAAAGGAGUCAUUGACGGCUCGGCCUGCAGCAGCCUAUGUAAGAAAGAAACGCUUUACCUGGGGAAGUGCUUCACUGCCAAGCCUAACAGCCAGGUGUAUUCUGGAAGCUGGGGAGACCUGGAGGGAGUCAUUAAGUGCCAGAUGGAGGAGGCUCCUCAUUAUGAUUUGGGAAGCGAGAUGGAGCCCAGGAAGGAGGCUGUGGCCUUCAACAAGCCCACCAAGGGGACCUCUGUGGAAAAGUUUAGAGAGAUGAUCCUCAACCACCUUAAGGCUAAAGUGGGGGAUCAGGCCAACCUUGCUGACCUGGCAACCCAAGUAUUGUCUAUAACAGAUGCCAAUAAAGAUGGUCAUAUCUCACUGCCCGAGGCUCGCUCCACCUGGGCACUGCUGCAGCUCAAUGAAUUCCUGUUAGCAUUAGUCCUGCAAGACAGAGAGCACACACCCAAGUUACUGGGCUUCUGUGGAGACCUGUAUGUGAUGGAAAAGGUGCCAUACUCUCCCCUGUACGGGAUCAGUCUACCCUGGAUCAUCGAGGUGUGGAUUCCUGCUGGUCUGCGCCGCAGCAUGGACCAAUGGUUCACCCCCUCCUGGCCACACAAGGCCAAGAUCUCCAUUGGACUGCUGGAACUGGUCGAGGACGUUUUCCAUGGCACUUUCGGCAGCUUCCUCAUGUGCGAUGUGAGUGCCACCAGUUUUGGCUACAAUGAUCGGCAUGACCUGAAGGUGAUGGAUGCACGGUACAUUGUUCCUGAAGCCAUUUUCCAAGAAAACAUUAGGCAGAAACACUGCGAUGUGGACGAGGAUUGUCUUUACGGGGCAGACUGCCUCACUUCCUGUGACCUCACCAAGCACCGUUGCACACCUGAGGUCACCAGGCCAAACUUAGCCAAAGGCUGUGAGGCACUCAAGGACUACAUUCUGAGAGGUGCCCCAUCUGAUGUCAAGGAGGAGCUUGAGAAGCAGCUGUACGCUUGCAUUGCACUGAAAGGUUCGGUAGAACAGAUGGAAAUUGAGCACUCACUUAUUCUAAACAAUCUCAAGACUUUGCUAUGGAAGAAAAUCUCUCACACAAAAGACUCCUAAUAAAUGACAAGCUUUCAGAAGCACAAAGAUUACUUUUUUAUAUUAGUCUUUUCACUGUGGAAACAAGCAUAUGACUCCCCUUAUCUUAACGCAUUUUAUCUUGAAGCAGUUGUCAAGGAAUGUCACUGAUUUAAUCACAAGUUAACUGUUAAUAUACACUGGAGCAAAAUGAGAAUUAUUUUUUUUAAAACCCUGACAAUGAUCCUUUAACAUGAAAACGGCUCCAAAAAUAAAACUAUCAAAAGCCAUCUUGGUUUGUCUUUCCAUGUUCCAACAAUCACCACCCUGGUAUG